CUCAUACCCCAACCCGUAAGCCGGAAUGGACGACUCAAUGGAUGCCUCGUCCUCUUCGGCCGUCCUUUCGCGCCUCACCCUUGACCUUCGUGGCACACGCUUCGUCAUCGAGCGUGAGACGCUCAUGCACCUCCCUGAAUCGGUGCUCCUCUGCUUGUUUCCCAAUGGUCUCGUGCUGACGAGGCAGAAUCAGGGACUGGGCGGGUUGGAUGACCCAGAGGAUGAAGAAGAAGAGGAGGUGUACAUGGUCGAUUUCGACCCACAAUGUCUCUCCUACGUCCUCUCCUUCUUCAAGUCGGCGCAAGAGGACUUUUAUGGUACGCCGAACCGCCCGGGAAAGUAUCGUGGGCUGAGGCAGCAGCCUUCAUCUGACUUCAAUGACAACAGUUUCAUGUCCGGCGGAGGAGGAGCAGGAUUGAGCUCGAAUCCGUUGCUCAAUAAGCAGGCUAUCAUCGUGCUGAGGGAGGAACUGGAAUACUUUGUCAUACCGCCCAAGGCGACAUCCAAGCUUGAUGGGGACGGGCGCGAGGGCACAAACUUAGAGGGCAAGGCGACGAACGCUCUUCUCAAGCUCAAGCAUUCAGCCGGAGAAGCCUUGCUCCAGCGUAGACACAUCUUUACGGCCCUGCAGCGCAAUGUCAACAAGGAGAAUAACAUGGCUGAGCAGCACCUCAUCGACAUGUUGUGCAUGAGUGGCUUCUCUCGCGAUGAUCUCUGGGGCUUCAGAGCCGUCGAGCCCACACGCUGCAGCAUCACCUCAAUUGCCCUCGUCCUGCUCAAGACGGGCAUCCGCUUUGGCCCCAAUGAUGGGCCCGCGAACCCAAACGAGGAAGAAGUCGACUUCAUGGACGGGGUCCGCGUAGACCACACGCAACUCAGCACGGCCCAAAAGCUCCUCCUCUUCUGGCGCAAGCCCGCGCGUAAAUGCUGGUGGGACGGAGUAGACAUUGUCGUCCCUCACACGUCGGCGUCUGCCUCUUCAGCAGAGCAGGAUGGGUCUGCUGCUCUGGCCCAACAGGCCGCGGAUGAGGCCGAGGGAGCGGACAUGAAUGCUACAACGGCGGGGAUGACGGGCAAGGAGGUGGAACUGCUGAGGAGUAAGGGCGGCAGGAAGUGCAGAGUCUGGGCGAGGAGGGUUUGGACAUUGGAGUUGAGCCUGAUCUAAAUGCAUGCAGAGCAUAUGGCGCCUGCUCAGUCCUUAUGCACCAGCAUCUCUCGCUACCUCGAUCCCCCCUUGCGACUCUCAUAUACCCCUCGAGGCAGAUCUAGACAUCGUCUGCUACCGCGCCUGGACACUAGCUUCCCAUCUCAUCUCACUCAGCCUCCAUCUGCUAUCCUCGUGCGUGGCUAAUCAAUCUGCAUUCCAUCGGUAACU